UUCGAAGCACGUGUUACCGGUUCAGUCUGGCGUCAGUGCCUUUUCAUUUAACAACGUCUUUAAACAUAUCUAGACAGAUACUGAGAGAGACAGCGAAAGACAGUCUAUCACUAGAAUCGCUUUCUAUGAACAGAGUAAUUAACAAAUUUUAUUCUGUUUUUUACAAAACUUACAAAGUGUGGCAGAAGAUAGAUCUCGGAUAUUUUGUUAAUAUUCAAAUUUGAAAAGCGUAACACUUUAUAGUGAUGGAUGAUUGUGUUACCAAAAAGAAUAUCCUGGAGAACAGUGGAAAUAUUCUCUUGGAAAUGACAUCAGAAUAUCAUAAUUUACCAUCACCAGGUGUCUUGAUGCAAGAAAUAAGUCGGGCCUGUGGGUUUGAUGAACCAGAAGACUGGUCGUUAUAUUCUGCUGUGUCCCCUGAAGAAGAGGAAGAGAACCUGAAGUAUGUGGACUACUUGGAAUACUUGAAGAAUGUCAUAUUUCCUGGGGGACUACACCACUACAAUUUCUCGGCUAACGCGAGAAGCCGUAUUGUUGAAGCAGAAGAACAGCUUUUCCAUCUCAGGAAACAAAGGAACGAGCUCCUGAGGAAAGAAAAUGAAUUGAUCUACACGCUGCAUGACAUACUUCUACAAGAAGAAAACGAAAGGUUACGAAAAGAAGUUCUUCCAUUAUCUGAAAUACCAGAUUAUUGUAAAACCCCAGAACAGAGUAUGAGAGAGUCGCAACUUCUGCAUCACAUCAUACAAAACGUCUCUCACAGAGAUACAAUGUUAGUAGAUCUUCACGUUGAAAAGCUCAGAGAGAUUGAAGAAGACGAGAAGAUUGAAGAAGAUUACAGAAUACAAAAGGCUGAAUGGGACAAACUUGUGACAGCCGACUCUGGAUCGACAUCUGGAAGUCAAAAGGAGAACCAUUCAUGUAGCAAGUUUAACAAUAUGAAAACAAAGUUUCGAAGGAUAAUGAAAAAGUGUAUAAUACUAUAAUGCAUUAAUGAAAGCUGUCAGAAAUUUGUAUAUAUUUUUGAAUUAAUAAAUAGAUAUACAAAA